GUAUACUGCCACUAGGCCCUUGGCAACCCGGCUAUGACUGGUAACAUAUACAUCAUUGAGGAAGUAAAAUAGCCCUCAAUGCGCUAAGCAAAGAUUGUGUAAGAGGGUACAUGGUUUAGACUGACUAUCGAUGUUAACCAACGACCAUUCUUACAUGUAUGUGUCAAUAACUUGAACAACGUCAGGCAAUUGUGCUGAUAUGUGUUACAAUGUCUGCCGUGGGACCGUAAUGGCGAACAGGUGCUUGUGUUGGUGUAUUGGUUUCAUGGUCCUUGUUUACCAGUCAGGGUGCCAGGAAAGCAUUGAUUGUGAUUUUGAGUCUGAUGUUUGUGCCUGGAACAUGUCAGGAAAACCAUGGAGGAGAUCCAAUGUGGGAACCCAGAUUCCAGGAACUGGACCCGACUCCGGAAGGAACGGCUAUUAUAUAUAUUUAAAAGCGGAUGACUUCAAAAAUGAUAACGGGAUAGUUCAACCUGGAAAGUGUGUCCUGUUGAGUCCGGCUUUUAACACAACUUCCGGUGGAGGCUGUUUCCGGUUCUGGUACCACAUGAACGGAGAUGGGAUCGGUAACCUCUCUGCAGCAGUGGUAGAAGGUUCGCCGCCAUCAUUUACCUUAAAAUUGGAUAAGGAAGGGCCACAGGGAAAUGCAUGGAAGUGUGGACAAUUUUCCCUCAAUGAAAACAAGAAUAACAUAAAGAUUCAGUUGACAGCAUGGUCUGGCUUGAACAUUUUAGGAGAUAUUGCUGUCGAUGAUCUGAAGUUGUUUGACGCGAGAUGCCCUGCACUCUGCGUUGAUGUCACGACAACACCAACCCCGACAACUUCAUCACUUCUUGGCAGUACUGCGGUACCUGCAUCCUCAUCAUCAGAAUACACGACUGUUUUAUCGGUAGAUACAACACCAACAUCGGAAUUAUCAGAUCUGACAAAGACGAUUAUCUACAUCAGUGUAAUCCCUGUUGGAGUACUUCUAAUCGGAGCAGCCAUUGCCUGUUUUUGCUAUAGGUCAAGGAAAGAGAAGAAGGCAGAUUUAUACACUCCAGAUAUCCAGGAGAACCAUACCAGCGAAGGGUUUCAGGAAAACGGCGAGGAGGUCUACCACGAUUUGGAUGACGCCACAAUGCUGGAAAACGUUGAAGGUGGCUACACGAUGCCAUUGGAGAUAUUGUCUUCCAUCCAUGAAGGUGAUACAAUCGAAUGUGACUACUCCACCUCUGGAGUAGCUAACGUCCAUGAUGAAGGUAGAGCUGAAGAUGCAGAUGUUGCAGACUAUACUAGAUUAGAACGUCACAAAAUCCAGGAGGAAACUACGUCUGUUGAUAGCAAUUACAUAGAACCCCUGGCUUCUCCCUACGACGGCACUUAUGAGAGGACACAGGAACAUGAAAACAGAGACUCAUUGGACACCACAUGUUCUCCUGAGAGGCAAACAGAUGGGAACAAUGUCUCUUGUAGUCCUAACUGGUUAAGCCAGCAUGUGCCUGCACCAAAGACAUGUGGACCUAGUUAUAUAACGGCCAUCCACGAGCCGUAGGCAUUAUAUUCAUAUACAUAUAUGCGUUUUACCUGUGAGUGUAUAUAAGACAACUAUAUGCAGAAUAUGUUUGGAUUAAGUAAUAUUUUGAAACGAGUGUGUUUUUUUAUAUGAGAACAAACGUUUGGGAAUUUAAAGAUGUAAACAGUUACUAUAGUUUAACCAGAUGAAGGAUUUUUAAAAUCAGAUGAAGGAAUUUUAAAAUGUCAAGUUUAUCAUCAUGUCACAUUUGAAGCUCCAUCACCAUUAAUUCAGAAAAAUAAUUAAUUAUAAAACGUCAAUCAACAUCUGCCGAAUUAGAAAUGCUUCUUCCUUGUUAUUCAAAAUUAUUGCUCUAGUCGAUGGAUAAGAUUGUAUUGAAACCACAAACCAGCUGGGGAGUAAUUUAAAUGAUAUGGAAAGAACAUAAGGAUAUAUUUUCUUUAUUUAUAUUGACAUCUAAACAUUUAACGUCAUUUCAUCUGCAGACUGUCAGCGACAAAAAUGUUUCGUGUAGAAAACACACCAUCCUGAUUCUCUGAUCUGGGAACCGCCUCCGUGGCCUAGGGUAGAGCGUCCGCCCGGGGAGGGGAAGGUCGGGGGUACGAUCCCCGGCCGCGUCAUAUCAAAAGACGUUAAAAGAUUUUACUUGUUGCUACCCUGCCUGGCGCUCGGUAUAAAGGGGCUUAAACAAGGACUGGUCGGCUCGGAGUCAGUAUAUUUCUUAUGAAUGUGGAAAGUGUUUUGGGCUUUUAUUUACAACUUCACCAAGGAGACGAAUAUGUCUAAGUAGCACUACCCAUAAACAUGUUCUUCAAACUUUUAAUUUCCAAGUAUGUACUAGUAACUUAUUCCCGAAAGCCUAAAUCAAACAUGUAUCACGUAUAGCCUACAGCAAACAUGCAUCAAAUAUAGCCUACAGCAAACAUGUAUCAAGUAUAGCCUACAGCAAACGUGUAUCAAGUACAGCCUACAGCAAACAUGUAUCAAGUACAGCCUACACCAAACAUGUAUCAAGUAUAGCCUACAGCAAAUAUGUAUCAAGUAUAGCCUACACCAAACAUGUAUCAAGUAUAGCCAACAGCAAAUAUGUAUCAAGUAUAGCCUACAGAAAACAUGUAUCAAGUAUAGCCUACAGCAAACAUGUAUCAAGUAUAGCCUACAGCAAACAUGUAUCAAGUAUAGCCUACAGCAAACAUGUAUCAAGUAUAGCCUACAGCAAACAUGUAUCAAGUAUAGCCUACAGAAAACAUGUAUCAAGUACACAUGUACAUGUAGCAUCGGGUCUGUAUAACUAAGUCAAAUGUUCAUAAAUGGUCUGUUCAAUAAAUACCAGUAUAUUGUAAAUAAAAGCGACAAAACCUUUCCAUUAUAAUGUGUAAUCACUGCUAAAACAAGUUAUUCUACUAUUCUAACUAUACCAUAUACGAUAAGCCUGUGUUUAUUAUGAAUCACUAUCAAGUAGAAAUAAUAACAUGUGUUCGGGGGAUACAAUGCCUUAGGAUACAAAGUCUGUUUCUUUGAGGAUUCAAGAGCUUUUUGAAAGACAUUCUUCCUGGCGUAUGCUCUCAUUGACAAUCGAUCUCGAAAACGGUUUCUGGUGAGUUCAUUUUUAAGUUAAGAAUAUGUGUUCUAAAAAGUCUUAGAGCAUGAAAAGAAAAAUGUCCGUCAAUGACCAAUGCGUGACCAUUAGUUUGUCUGUAGUUGUUUGAAAAGUACAAAUAUGCCAACAAAAGGAUAAAUUACUGAAAACGACGUCAAUGUAUUAUUUACUUCACAUUGUCGGAGAAAAUAGUAUAGAUUUAUUUUCUCUAAAUCCUCAUUCCAUGUCAAACUUUGGUUCAAGGAUUUAAUCGACUGAAAACAUUUUGCCUUCCCUUAAUAAUAAUAAUCGGCAACACGUCCGUCUUAAAUUUAGUGGAUACAUAUUCAAAGGGAAAACACUCUCACUGUCAAAAGAUUAACUGUCCUUGACAUGAAAAGGCUACGGCCCUGAGGUUGCAUGCAAAACACUUUGCUUGCGUUCCGACUGAAAUACAUGUAAACGUCUCUGAUCAAGGUAGGUUAGUUCUUCAAAUAUUUAGAGGUUAUUGUAUGGCACUUUUCAUAUCAUACUCCAUAUCAAGGGCCCCAUAUCAGCCCGAGGGCCGAAGACGAGAGGGCUGAUAAUGGGGUCGAGGGUUGAUAUGGGGUAUGAUAUGAAAACUGCCAUAUAAUAACCUUUUAUAUCAUAUAUCAUAACAUAAAAUUGUAAAAUGUAUCUAUUUGCAAGUGCAAGCAUAACAUUUUCAUCUUGUUUGGAAGUCAUUGUCACGGGAAAGCUUGCUGAACAGACGAGCAGACGCACUAAGGGACGUAACUCCAUUUGUUAAAAAUCCGGGCUGUUAUCGAUCACCCAUUCAAAAUGUAUUGACAGCCCGGCAGGAGUUGUGAUACGUCUGGCUGUUACACCCCCUGUGACAUGACUGUCUCCAUGUUGGCUCUAUCGCACAUGCAAAAUGCCCUAUAUCAUUGAUAGGUAUAAUUAUGAUAAUAUUGUUUGUAUCAUCGUGUAUUUUCUAUUAUCUGUUUGGUAUAUUCAUCUGACGUGAUGUUUAUUUCGUUUACUUGGAACUUUUGUAGCAUUUUGAAAAAAACAAUUUCAAGUAACUACGUAUAGCAUCACACCAGCACAUUAAGAUGUGUAUGCAUCCACAAGGUAAUUUUAUGUAACACUUGUAUGUAUGCUGGUUAUUGGUGAAAAAAAGGUUGUGUACUAUCAGAUGUAUCUAUUAUAAUUUUGUUUAGUUUGGAUCACUCAUGGCUGUUCCGGGAAAGAAAGAACAUUUAUUAGUGGAUAUCCUCAACACGUUGUCCCAUUAACAUACUCCACAUUUCCAAUUAUGAUGCCCUUUAUAUUGUCGACACACACAAUUUGUUUACUUACAAAAAGCUUUCAUUUGUCACAUAUCUCUGCUUUGCAUCAACUAGAUAAAUGAAAUUUGAUAAUGUAUCGAGCCGUGUAUUCAUUAAGAGUUAAAUAGCCUGCGCUUACAAUGCAGACAUAGGUUACCUGUUGAUUUGAGUCGAACGCACAGGAAUCAGAAUUAACCAAUCAGAUUCGAGUAUUUUCAUAAUUCUUGAUAGAAUUCAUGUUGAUUCUUAAAAAAUAUUGAUUGUGGUAAUCAUGGUGACUGAUGUUUGUACACGAUUUCUGCUGAUAUGUAGGUAGUCUAGAGUUUUCAAACUUUUGUCAAUGUAACCACUAUUUUUAGUGAGAUAUCUACAGUCGAAAAGAUAACACAGUCUCUGCUUAUUGAUGCCAGACAAAAUGACUCCUGUCAAACGAGAAACUAAGCUCAGUGGUUUUACUGGUUACCGUUAUUAUGUGGUUCACAGGUGAACAACUGACCGGAUGGUUUAAAUUGUCCGUGUUUCGUAACCACAAUCGACUUGAAAAUGACAGACAACUAAUCGCUAAUAAAGAUAUCAAUGACGCAUGAUAAAAUGUUUUUUGUAGUAUGAAACCAAAAUCCGAUUACAUACCGAGAAGAAGAAGCAAUACUGAACAUAAUUGAUUUGACAACAGAUAUAACUAGGCUACUUCGUCAUUCCUAUUUAAUGAAUAUUCAGGUGUCAUAAAUCGUUGAUGCAUAUCUGCAAAAUUAAUGAAUACAACGUUUGUAAAUGUAAGCUCCCAUAUUUCAGAGCUCAAACAUUUGAAAUUUGAUUAAACAAUAUCGCAAUUUUUUACCCAAGUCGCUUUGUUUGUUUCAUAACGUAUUUGUAGCUAAAAUUCAGUGUUUGAAACUAUUUGAAUAAAAUAGUUGUUUUCUUUGACGCUGUGCAAUGUAAUAAAUAGUUAGCUGUUGUGAUUGAACCUAAAAAGACAUUACGUUAGGAAAAGGAUCGAUACUUUAAGAGAGAUAACUACAUAUGUUACAGUUAGAUAAUAAUGUAUUUCGUGAAAUGUUAUUUAUUCUGUUAGAAUUGUAAUGAUUUUAUCACGAGUUUGCAUAUUUUGCUUCGAUGUCAUAUUUACAAUGACAUACAAACAAAUGUGACCACUGGAAUUAGUUUAUUAUGCUACAAAUAUUAUACAUAUACUGCAGUUUUUAUUAAAAUGAGUGAUUGGU